AAAUAAAAAUUUCUCUUAUUUGUGGUGCAAUCUAGCGUAGCUUAUGGAAAAUUUUUUUUAACAACAAUAUAUAACAAUAAAUGCUAUACUGUAGCAUGAUAUCGAGAACAAUGUUCAUGUUUAAAAUUUUGGGUAACGAUCAUAUCGACGGUAUCGAUAAAGAGUAAUACUCGAAAUAUCAAUGGACUUUUUUUCUGAUGGUUGUCGUCACUGGACCCAAUUGCUUUCUAAGUUUGGCAUCUCUGCGAAAAAGGCAUGCUUGCUGUCUUGAAACGGCAAUAAAAUGAAAUAAAACGGAAUUUGCAAGGAGAUUUUAACUGUGCAGCAUUUAGGUAGUAAUUUAUGUCCAAAAUUAAUCAAAUAACACACUAUCUGUUGUCGCCGUCACUAUGAUUAGUAUUAUUUCUACAGACCGAACUUGAACGGAAGCCUUAUUUUGAAUGUUGAAUUUUGGAUGAGAAAUACUUUUCUUUUACGAUUGCUCUAGUGGUUCGUCAGACAAGGUAUUUGCCUGCUACGUCACAUGUUGUGCAAAUUGGUUGAAAGUAGUACAGCAGGACUCAAAAACUACGUGGUGUUAAAAUCAUUUGGUGCACCUAACCUCACUUUCUCUCUUAUACCAGAAAAAGAAUAUGUCAGUUUAAUCAUUAUAAAGCAGUUACGUUAGCAGUUAAUCCACUCGGUUUAAUUCGCUCAAUAACAUCUAUAUCUGCUGCGUGCGAAGAGAGGGAUGCCACGCAGCAAGCGUAGAGCGCCCUCUAGCACAAAUCACCAUCACACAUCAAUUGAUAUGUCACCUAGUGCCCAUGAAGAGGGUUUACCAAGACAUCCAUCAAAACGAUUACGCCAUACGUCUGGAGCAAGGCGAUACACAAAAACAGAAGAUGUCUCCAGUGCAUCAUCAUUUUCUCAGAAACGAUGUAUAACUUGGUUUAGAGAAUAUACAACACCAGAUGAUUCAGAUACUCUUGGCCCUGAAGGAAUGGAGAAGUUUUGCGAAGACAUUGGAGUUGAACCUGAAAAUGUAGUUAUGCUAGUUCUCGCCUAUAAAAUGAAUGCUCGUCAGAUGGGGUUUUUCACUUUGAGCGAAUGGUUAAAAGGUCUUUCGGAGUUACAAUGUGAUUCCAUAUAUAAAAUACAACAAAAGCUUGAGUACCUAAGGAACCAGUUAAAUGAUCCUCACAUUUUUAAAGGAAUUUAUAGAUAUGCCUAUGAUUUUGCUAGGGAUAAAGAUCAACGUAGUAUGGAUAUGGAAACUGCUAGAGUAAUGUUACAAUUACUUUUGGGAAAGCAUUGGCCGUUGUUUACACAGUUUGCUCAGUUCCUAGAUCAAUCCAAGUACAAAGUAAUCAAUAAAGAUCAAUGGUGCAACAUUUUAGAAUUUUCUCGUACAAUCAAUCAUGACUUAUCUAAUUAUGAUUUAGAUGGAGCGUGGCCUGUAAUGCUUGAUGAAUUUGUUGAAUGGUUAAAAAUGCAGAGAGGUGAGGAUGCAUCAUCGACAGAAGCAAGGGGUAGCUGAAACAUUCUAUUAAAAUAGUCCACUAAAGUAAAAAACUCAUCUCCGUCACGAUAUUUGUUAAUAAUGAAAUUUUCGUUAAGUUAUAACUCACGGCAUUUUAAUUACCAUCAUUCGUGGUGUACUAUUUUUUUAUUAAACAAUAUUAGUGCAUUGUAAGUAGCUCAUUCUAUAAUUUUUUUGCAACAAAUCUUAUGAAGACUGUUCAACAAAUCUUCAUAGAUUUAUUUUGAUUGCUUACCGCCAUUUGCAGUUUAUCCAGAGUUCGUAGCAGAAACUUUUCGCUUCAAAAUAAAAUUAUUUUAAUAUAAAAAUUAUUUGUGCAAUUCAUAAGAGAUAAUUGAACAUAUUAAUAAUCUAAAAAGCAACACUAAUUGGCUGUUUCAGCAUUGACUUAAUAUCAUUGUAAAUAUUUUAUUUCCUGAAUAUAAUAUGUGCAACUGCAUGAAUUCAUAUAAACAGAUAAGUAGAAGUAAUUUGUCUAUACAUUUUUAAUAUUUCUGUCUAUAAAUAUAGAAUCCAUACCAAUAUUUUAUUUUAUAAAUUAUGCAGCUAAAUCUAUACAUUAUCCGCAACAGUUUUUGAAUUUAAAUAUGUAUAAUACAGUUAGGCACAUUUAAUAAAUGUAUUAACAUUAUCAAGUAGGUUCAGAAAUCAAUUAAGAAAUUUUGCCCUGUACUAGUGCUAUUACAGCAUUUGGUAUUCAAAAGGCAGUACCACAAAGUGUCAAUACAAUGUGCUAUUAACUAAGUAGUUCCUGCGGAUGCUACCUAUAUAAAUGUAAAUUAGAAUAAUGAGCUCUUAUUAAAAUAUCAUAUUUAUUAAAGGCAAUUGAAUUCCGA